AUGCGAGAUAAAUCAUUUUCAUUCGAAACCCCUUUACCGUCAGUCGACACAGGCAUCUAUUCUCGAAAAGCACUCACAUCCCUCUAUGGCGUGGAUUUUAUUGCAGCCACCGUAUCUUCCGCAGCCGUCGCUCCCUUUAUCGCUGUCGUGGAUCGAUCUAUAAUCGAAAAUGCAAACGGCAAGCAAACCUUGAACACCGGUCUCAGGAAAGGAUUCCGGAAUUUGUUGGCAAACCCUUUGCGAUUCUUGGCCACACCACAGUUUGGAUAUGUUUAUGGUACCUACUUUAGCACCUAUAUCGCUGCAAAUACAAUCGAGACUACCUGCGAAAAUUAUUCAGUCGAUCUGAACAGAACUGCGUUUCUCAAAUUUAUCGGCACAAGCAUCGUCAACAUGUCGCUUUGCAUCAUCAAAGACCGUGCAUUCACUCGCAUGUUUGGCGUAUCUGCCGCCAAACCCCUUCCUUUACUCACCUAUCUACUAUUUGCUGCACGCGAUUCAAUGACAAUCGCUGCUAGCUUUACUGCACCAUCCUACAUCUCGGCUACACUGCAGCAACACAAGCUUGUGUCUAAUUCGGAUCAGGGCAACACAGCUGCACAGUUGGUCUGUCCUGCUGCUGUUCAAUUCUUAAGCACCCCACUACAUCUAUAUGCUCUCGAUCUCUACAAUCGCCCAACUGUAUCUCUCUGGCAGCGUGCUCGAUUAGUCAAGGUAGAGUAUUUAAAGAGUACGCUGGCACGCAUCGGACGCAUCGGACCGGCAUUUGGACUAGGUGGAAUUGAAACUUUAUUCUGUAGACCAUUUGUUGUUGUUAUACCCAAGAAUCACUUGGCUACCAAUGACUCUUACUUUCCCACGAUCAUAACUGUCUUUUAA